CGGGGGCGGGGCGGGGCGGGCCGCCGGCCGCAGCCGCAGGUGGGGCCGCUCGCUGCCAGGGACCCGGCGGGAGCCCCGCGCCCCGCGCCCCGCGCGCCCAGGAUGCCCCGCGGGGACUCGGAGCAGGUGCGCUACUGCGCGCGCCUCUCCUACCUCUGGCUCAAGUUCUCGCUGGUCAUCUACUCCACGGUGUUCUGGGGGCCAGCUUGGAUGGGGAGAUGGCUCCAGGGCCCUCUUAGCAGAGUCUUGUAUUGUCAGCACCAGUGCAGGUGCUGGGAGGUGCUUUGGCUUUGGGCAGGAGCCCGGGGCUCACUGGCCGUGCUGAUCGGGACCCUGGUUCUGUCGGUGGGGAUCUACGCGGAGGUCGAGCGGCAGAAAUAUAAAACCCUCGAAAGUGCCUUCCUGGCCCCGGCCAUUAUCCUCAUCCUCCUGGGCAUCAUCAUGUUCAUUGUCUCCUUCCUCGGCGUGCUGGCCUCCCUGCGAGACAACCUGUGCCUUCUGCAAGCGUUUAUGUACACCCUCGGGAUCUGCCUCAUCAUCGAGCUCAUUGGCGGCGUGGUGGCCUUGAUCUUCCGGAACCAGACCAUCGACUUUCUGAACAGCAACAUUCGAAGAGGCAUCGUGAACUACUACGAUGACCUGGACUUCAAAAACAUCAUGGACUUUGUUCAGAAGAAGUUCAAGUGCUGUGGCGGCGAGGACUACCGCGACUGGAGCAAAAACCAGUACCACGACUGCAACGCCCCCGGACCCCUGGCCUGCGGGGUGCCCUACACCUGCUGCUUCAGGAACACGACAGAGGUCGUCAACACCAUGUGUGGCUACAGGACGAUCGACAAGGAGCGCCUCAGCGUGCAGGACGUCAUCUAUGUGCGGGGCUGCACCAACGCCGUGCUCAUCUGGUUCAUGGACAACUACACCAUCAUGGCGGGCCUCCUGCUGGGCAUCCUGCUCCCCCAGUUCCUGGGGGUGCUGCUGACCUUCCUGUACAUCACGCGGGUGGAGGACAUCAUCACGGAGUACUCGGUCACCGACGGGCUGCUGGGGCCCGGCGCCAAGCCCCGCCUGGACGCGGCGGGCGCAGGGUGCUGCAUGUGCUACCCCAGCUAGGGCCGCCGGGGGCAGGGCGGCCGGAGGACGAUGCCAGCGCAGCCCUGCCUCGUGGGCGCCGGACAGGACAGGGGUCCUCUCCCUGGUCGGCACUGAACAGAGCCUGGCUGUUGGCUCUCGUGGCUGGCUGGGGCCUCCCGUGGCCACUGGAGGAUCGAACC